GGAUUUUUGGGCCUGACUGUCUAGGAAGGUUUAUCAUGGGAGCCUCGGAAGCCCAAGAUGAAGAGAGAAUGAGAGAAAUUGAUGUGCAUUCCGUCCAGGACCUCAUAAGAGACAUUCUAAGAAAGUUGCGUCUGGUAGAGCAGAAUGGGCCACUCCAAGUAACUCGAUAGUAUAGUUUAGAACCAACUCCUUCAACUUCAGCUGCUGAGCCACUAACAGAAAUAGAAUCAAAAAUAGUUAUGCAGUGUGCAGAAGCCAGUCGUAUGCAGGCAGAGACGUCAUUAAUGCA